CUCCGCUUUGCGACGUCUGAUCUCGCGCACCACAUCUGGUCAAACGCCGUACUUUUACCCUCGACCUCGAUGACUGCGGGUUUACGCGUCUGAAUCCAGCUUCGAGCUUCGUCGUACAGUAGUGCGACUCGAUGUCUGCAGCACGAGCGGCUAUUCCUACCACAGCGCAACCAGCACCACCAGACGAGAACAAGAUCGUCAGACUACACAUAGCGCCACUAAGGCCCGAUCUGCUCAAAGUCUACCUCGCGCCUUCCGUGCUCCCUCUCGCGAGCAACAUCUCCUACCACUCCGUCGAGACUUUCCCAGAGAAAGGAUUCGGAUACAUCGAGCUCCCAGAACCUGAAGCGCAGAAGCUAAAGAAGAAGCUCAACGGCCUAACGCUGAGAGGCUCCAAAGUGCGCAUCGAAAUGGCCAAGUCGGAGAAGCGCAAAGCUCGUGAGGAGGCCGACGCUGCCAAGGAUGUAGCCGAGGCAGAAAGACCUCCAAAGCGCGCGAAGAAGGAGAAGAGGAAGAAGGAGGAUGGCGUGCUGGAAGGCGUAGUGCUGCCUGACGACAGAAAGGUCAAGCGCGGGUGGACCGAGCCGCCGUCGAAGAGCAAGAAGGACAGGAAAGAGAAAAAAGACAAGGACAAGGAGAAGGACAAAAACUUCAAGCAUGAGCAGAAAAAGUCCAAAUACACAAAGGAGCCGGAGCUGUUGUUCAAGGCGAAACUGACUGCUGUCGCUGCUACAGAGGUUGCGCGUAAGGAGAAGAGCAAAGACAAGAAGGAGAAGAAGGAGAAGAGCAAGUCCAAGUCCAAGGAAGUCGUUGUACACGAGUUCGAGAAGAACACGAAGACGCCAAGCUUCAUCAAGCAGACGAAGAUUUCGACAGAAAAGAAGCCUGCGGUUGAGUACGUGAAUGGACAAGGUUGGGUGGACGAGGAUGGCAAUGUGGUGGAGCCAGAGACUGGGAAGGCGAGGAACAGAAGGGUUUUGGAGUUGGUUGACAUGCCUGCUGAACCCGAGCACAAGACGCCUGCGUCGGCGGAUUCAUCUCUAGCGCUCAAUAAGAAGGACAAGAAAGCAAAGAAAGCUACGCCGCCGCCAUCGUCAUCCGAAUCUGAGGCCGACGACUCAUCCGUGGUCUCAUCCUCAGAGGACGAUGAGUCGUCUGAAUCUGAAGACGAACAGUCAGAAGCCGAGUCCACAGCAUCUUCUCCUGUCCCAACAGCCGACAGCAGCAAGACCUCCAACGCACCCCAGGCCUCGCCACCGUCUGAACAAAAAGAAGUCCACCCCCUAGAAGCUCUCUUCAAGCGACCCAAGCCCUCCUCUGAACCAACAUCGACUCCCACCAAGAAACUCGCACCCAUCGAUACCUCUUUCAGCUUCUUCGACAACAACAACACCACCACCAAUGAUGACGGUGAGAAAAUGGAAGUCGACGGCGACGCAGCCGACAACGCCCCCUCGACGCCCUACACGCAAAAAGACCUCGAAUGGCGCGGUCUCCGCAGCGCAGCACCCACCCCCGACACAGCCACAAUAGGCCGCCGCUUCUCCUUCGACUGGCGCAAGAACAGUCAAGACGCCGACGAAAACGACGACGAUGACGAUGACGACGACCUAGCCGACUCGGAGGCAGAGAAACAGCUCUCCCACAACACGAAAGCGAACGCGCACCUCCCCGGCUUGGCGGAGGAGAACGAAGACGACGCACAAGAUGGAGCAGAUGCGGAGACGGAGGACAAGCCCGAAAGCGAGUUCCGCAAGUGGUUCUGGGAGAAUAGGGGGGAUAUCAAUCGCGCGUGGAAGAAGAGGAGACGGGAUGCGUUGAAGGCGAAGCGGCUUAGUGAGAAUAGGAAGAUGGGUGGGGCGCGGAGAGUGGGUUGAUUGUGUUGGGGAGUCUGUUGCUGGUUUCAAUGCAUAUUUUGUGUAUGUUUAUGCUGUGGGGUUAUGUUAUGUGAAAGCAGCGAGCGGGUUAAAAUGGGUAUUCGGAUCUAAGAGCAUGAUACGGCAAGGCAAGGCAUGACGGCAAUCGAGUACGAUGUAUGCUUCAAGACGAACAUGGCGUGCUUGCUGAUGUCCGAUUACACGGAGAAUAGCACCAGUAGUAUGAAUGAAUACACCUAACACUC